AUGGCUGAAAAUCUGGAUACCGAACAAAUCAAAGAUUGGCGAUCAAUAAUCACUCUGAUUAUUUUUGUUCUCACUAAUAUUGUCGUACUCUUUCCUUUCCAUAUCCCAUUCUACAUCCCCCGAUGGCUUCACAACGCAGUCCUGGAUGGAUUGGCGGCUUUACGAAUUAUACGUCGUCGUGAAAUCCCCCCCAAAAAUAACGGCAAGCCGAGUUUGCUUGUACGGCUGAACCUGCCUCUGAACUUUGUCACCGCACCGUUGAUAGCAGACUUGUUUCUACUCGCAAUUUUGGCUAUCGGGCGACAGGAAGUUCAUGACGGGACUGUUGGCGCAGAUGGAAUCUCACCAAUCGACAUUUUGGUCUUUUUUCUUACAUUGGCUUAUAUCGCCAUUUCGAUCGACGCUUCUGGCCUCAUCCGAUAUUUAGCUUUCAAGGUACUCCAAAAAGGUGACGGGGUGGGCCAUCGACUCUUCUUCUACCUCUACACAUUCUUCUUCGCGCUGGGAAGCUUUAUCGGAAACGACCCUAUUAUUUUAUCCGGCACGGCCUUCCUCGCUUACAUGACACGCGUGUCUAGUAAUAUCGUUCACCCAAGAGCUUGGAUACAUAGCCAGUUCGCCGUCGCUAAUAUCGCAUCCGCAAUCCUGGUGUCCUCAAACCCGACAAAUUUGGUUCUGGCGGGUGCUUUCAACAUCAAAUUCCUUGUGUACACAGUGAACAUGAUCGUACCGGUAGUGGUGACUGCUAUCGUCGUUUUCCCAUUCCUGCUUUAUAUCAUUUUUGCGGAUGAAUCUUUGAUUCCGAGGAAGCCAGGGGCAAACCCCCCAGUGAAUCCGAAUAUACCCCACGCUAGAGGAGGCGCUGAAGAAGAGGAGGAGGAGGGGGUAAAUGAAGAGAAUGGAACCCUUCUCUCGCUGGAAGAAAUUAUGAACCCUUUCCUGGACAAGGGAGGUGCGGCUUUUGGCGCCAUCAUCAUGGCUGCGACCCUCAUCACCAUCCUUGCUAUCAACGCCGCUAGCAAUUCCGGCCACGACCGUCCCGUCUUCUGGGUUACAUUACCUGCCGCUUUCGUGAUGCUCUGCUGGGAUCUCGGGACAGGCUGGAUUCAUCGACAUGAGACGCGCCGGAUUGCUGCCGUGGGCCGACAACAACAUGAAGCCGUAAAAGCUGAGCGUGAACAUCGGAAAUCACUCCGAAAUUCCCCAGAACAAAAUGCUCAGGAGAAUAUCGAAAAUCGGCAGCCUAGAACAACCGACUUCUUCUCGAAGAGUUUGAAAAUAACCAGCCAGCCCGAUGCUAUAAAGAUUACCAUGGACACAAGACCUUCGCGUGACUGCGACGAGACAUCGCUUCCAGCACCGAUUUUAGGCGAGAAGGAGCCCUUCCCUGAAGUCCAGUCUCCGAGUUCAGUCUCAAAGGCUAGUGGAGAACUGGAUGUCACGACUCAACUAGAAAAGGCCCAGUCAUAUGUUACCAAUGGUAUAGACUCCGAAAGGCGAGCCGGUAGAGGACAAGAGGACUCAAAUCAACCAACAACCCUAGUGUCCCUCUGUGAAAAUGCCUAUGUCUGGCUACAAGAGACAUUUCCAACUGUCACAGUCGUGCUUUCACACCUUCCUUUUCCGCUGGUUCCGUUUGCCCUGGCCAUGUUUGUACUUGUGCAAGCUUUGGUUACCAAAGGAUGGGUUCCUGUAUUUGCCUAUGGGUGGGACCAUUGGGUUGAGAAGACCGGAACAGUCGGUGCAGUUGGUGGCAUGGGCUUUUUGUCUGCGAUUCUUUGCAAUUUCGCCGGGACAAAUAUUGGAACAACAAUUCUCCUUUCUCGUGUCGUUCAAGCCUGGCAAGAAAUUCAUAAUGUCAGCGGUAUUCCGAUCAGUGACCGUACCUUCUGGGCCACGGUUUAUAGCAUGGCACUUGGCGUCAACUUUGGCGCGUUCAGCACGGCCUUCAGUGCGUCACUAGCUGGUCUUUUGUGGCGGGAUAUACUUGCAAGAAAAUACAUUCGUGUGGGUAGCAUCGAGUUUGCGCGCGUCAACCUUCCUAUUAUCGCGAUCGCUAUGGCGGUUGGAUGUACCGUUUUGAUCGGGGAGGUUUACAUAAUGAGGAAAGAAACACCAUAUGAUGCUUGA